CAGUUAAAUUGUAUAAAAUAACGUCUUAUAUGGCGUUUAGACUGGCCGUAAGUGACUCAUUUAAAAUCAGUCAUUUGAAAAUGUUUACAUUCAUUUGUUCUCCUUUCAAACAGCUGCUUUAUCAACGUGCCUGUUGAUUUGAUUUUUGACCUGUGCCAAAAAAUGUUGGAUGAAGCAGUUAAAAAGAAAAACACCAGCAAAUGGCAUAAAUAGACGAGAGUUUAUUGAGCAUUUAGUGGAAGAAUACCAUACAACAACAAACAUUGAAGCGAAGGAGCAAGUAACUGCUAAUUUAGCUAAUUUUGCAUAUGAUCCUAUAAACUGGAAGUACUUGAAGGACACAAAAGCUUUGUAUGUGUUUAUGGAAGUCAUUCCCUUGCCAAACGAGCGACUACAGUUGCAUGCACUUGCCGGAUUGUGUAACAUAUGCUUAGAUGCACAAGCAAAACGAUUUAUAACAAAAGAAAGCAGUUUUACAGCGUUAACUAAAUUAUUUCUGGAGACACAAAAUAGUGAAAUAAUAAUUAAUUUUAUAACACUUUUUCAUCAAUUGCUUACUGUGGAAAAGACUGACUCUGAAUUAAAACAAAUUAUAGCAACUCCUGAUAUACUCAAAAGAGUAAUUAAUUUACGUCAGCAAACGGCGGAUCAAAGAAUAAAGAAUCUUUGUAUAAUAUUUUUAGAAGAUUUUGGUAGCAGAAUAGAAAUUCAUGAAUUACCUACUAUUAGUAAACCAAAUGUUAAUAUUACGGAGGUUUUGCAGUCAAACAGCGUUGAAAACUGCUGAAGCAGUACUUGUGAGAAAUUUCACA